AUGCCGAAGGGGCGGCGCGGCAGCCGAAGCCCCAAGAUGAGCCAGCGGCCGGCUCCGCCCCUCUAUUUCCCUUCUCUCUACGACCGCGGCAUCUCCUCGUCCCCGCUCAGCGACUUCAACAUCUGGAAGAAGCUCUUCGUGCCUCUGAAGGCGGGCGGGGCGCCGGCGGGCGGGGCGGCGGGGGGCCGGCCCCUGCCCCAGGCGCCCCCAGCCCCGGGGCCCCCGCUGCCGCCGCCUGGCCUGGGUCCCCCCAGCGAGCGCCCUUGUCCCCCGCCUUGGCCCUCCGGUCUGGCCUCCAUCCCCUACGAGCCUUUGCGCUUCUUCUACUCGUCACCGCCCGGGCCCGAGGGGGCUGCCUCGCCCUUGGUCCCCGGCCCCACGACCCCCAAGCUCGCCUCUGCCCCCCACCCCGAGGAGUUAUGCGAGCUGGAGAUCCGGAUUAAGGAGCUGGAGCUGCUCACCAUCACUGGGGACGGCUUCGACUCCCAGCGCUAUAAAUUCCUGAAGGCCCUAAAAGAUGAAAAGUUACAAGGACUGAAGACCAGGCAACUUGGAAAGAAGCUGGCCUCUCUCUCCUGA